GAGGGGUGUGAGGCGGUUAAGAUGGCGGCGCCCUGUUGAGUGCAGUUGCUUUAACGGGUAAACAGGCUUAAUUUAUUGUUUUUUUGGGGUUUGUGGUGUUAAGCAGCAUGUGAUGAGCGGUGCCUGGAGACUGCGUCGGUGGGCGGCCCAGGGACCCUGACAGCAGGCAGAGAAGAGUGACACCUGAAAGCCCCUCCCCUCCACCUCAGCCACGCCCCCUACUCCACCACUACCACCAUCCCCACCAUCACCAUGGCCAGGGAACAGCUCAACGUGGGUGACCUGCUCCCACACUUGGAGACCUCUGAUCUCCAACAGCUUGAGGAAAUCAAAGGUCUCAUCAACGAACACCUCAAUACAGAACGAGGGUCGGUGCUCUUAAAUGGCUUGGUGGAUUAUUUCCUGGAGACUAACUCGAGUCCAGCACUACAUAUACUGUGUUCAGUGAGGGAGCCACAUGACAAGCACCUUUUUGAUAAGAUGAACGAGUGCAUGGCGAAGCCGGCGUGUCGUCUACCUACUCUCAACCUCCUGGGCCACGUGGUGCGCAAACAGCCGUCCUGGAUUCACAAGAUCGCCCGCUACCCUCUGCUGCUCUCGCUGCUCAAGUGUCUCAAGACGGACACAGAUGUUGUGGUUCUCAUAACCGGUGUGCUGGUGCUUGUUACCCUGCUACCCAUGAUCCCUCAGGCAGGGAAGCAGCAUCUUUAUGAGUUUUUUGAUGUUUUUGGACGCCUGGCUGCAUGGAACCUAAGGAACCCAGGCCACGUCUCCGAGGUGUUCCUGAUCCACCUGCAUGCCAGCGUCUACUCGCUCUUCCACCGCCUGUAUGGCAUGUACCCCUGCAACUUCAUCUCCUACCUGCGCUCUCAUUACAGCAUGAAGGAGAACAUGGACACGUUUGAGGAGGUGGUUAAGCCAAUGCUGGAACAUGUCCGAAUACAUCCUGAAUUAGUGACUGGAACGAAGGACCAUGAGCUGGACCCUACUCGAUGGAGAAGGUUCGAGAUCCAUGAUAUUGUGAUAGAAUGUGCCAAAGUGUCUCUGGACCCUCGGGAAGCGUCCUGUGAAGAGGGCUAUGCCACCCUGCCUGAGCACUUCUGUGCCAACCUGCACAUGCGUGCCCCUGAUUGCACUGCCAGUCCCUACACUGACCUGCACAGCAGUUAUGGAAGUUCAUCCUCCAAUCAUUUUUCCACACCACGUCAGACUGUCCUUCCUCCUUUGCCCCUGCCCUCACUCUCAGGGACACAACUGGCUCAUCGCAGUCCCCCCAGCACCCACCGGCCGAGCUCUACAUGUGAUUUCAACUUCAUCCAUGGCAUUAAGGACACUCUCUGGAGCCCCUCAUCCCUCUGUGGGAUGGCUACCCCGCCUUCCUCAAGAGGAAUGUCACCGAACCCUGAGCUUUCCCAGAGUGCCUUUCACUUAUCUGGUCGCUUUUACAGCACACCGGGUGGUAAAGGCACCCCGUGUUCCAGCACUCCAGCAACAUCAUCUCCACCUCCCAGCCUCUCAGAUGACCUAUCUUCUGCCUCCAUAACCCACAGCACACCUAGUCUGCAGUGGAAGGAUGGUAGACCUAUAGACUCCACCAAACCUCCUCUCCUGAGACAGGAGCAAAUCAGAGAGCUUGAGAGGUCAGGCGGUGACGUGACCAAUCACAGAGAUGGUGCGGCUAAGAACGUGUCCAUGACACUGACCGAGUUAUCCGUCUACAUGAAGGAGCAGGAGCAGCUGCGGCUGGGCAAAGAGAGGGAGGAGGCUGCCAUCACGGAAGAGCUGAUGAAGCUGACCGAGGAAAAGCGCGAAGCAACUGGAGCACGUGGCUUUGACUCGCCUUUCUUCCGCACCACAGAGACUCUCACUGGUGCCCAAGAGAAGCCCUCAACAACUUUGACCCACCUCCGUGACCCCCACCAUGCCGUCUCCACACCCAAUAAGAUCGACAUGCGGACCCGGUGCAAAGGCCCAGGCAGCCGUGCGGCGUCUCAAGAGCAGCCAUGGUCCUUCCAGCCGCUCUUUACUCCAAUAGAAGUGCAGCACCAGAGCCCCAGCACAGAGGAUGAGGCUCUGAAAACUACACCACACUCACCCAGCCCGGGUACAGCACCCUCAUCGCUGCCUUAUGAGGCUCUCUUUGACCUGGCUCUUCCCCGCGCCGCUUCCCUGUUCAUGAGUCGCAGGAGCUCAGAGGCACUGGAGAGAGCGGGGAUGCAAGGCAUGGCGGGAGUGGUGGAUGAAAGCCACGGAGUAACGUCGGCAUCUCCUCUAGAGGUGCUUGAUCGUCUGGUACAGCAAGGCAGUGAUGCUCAUGACAGGGUACUGAAGAGAUUGCCCCUGCCAAGCAAGUCAGCUGACUGGACUCACUUUGGAGGCUCUGCACCUCUGGAUGAACUGCAGACGCUGCGCAGUCAACUGCUGUUGCUGCAUAACCAGCUGCUGUAUGAGCGUUAUAAGCGUGAGCAGCACGCGGUGCGAAACCGCCGUCUGCUGCGCAGAAUCAUCAACGCCACCGCACUGGAGGAACAGAAUAACGCAAUGAAGGACCAGCUUAACCUGCAGUGUGUGGAUAUCACGUCUCUGCGUGAGAGCCUACACAUGGAACAGCAGCGCUACAGGCAGCUCUGGGAUGAACGGGAGACUGUGGUCGCGUGCCUACACAGUCAAAUCCGCCAACUUCAGCAUGAUCGCGAUGACUACUACACCAAAUACCAGGAGUUACAGAGUAAGAUGCAGGAGUGCCAGAAGAGGAUGGGGGAGAUGGAGGCUGAGCUCCAGAAGGCGAAUAACAAGGUGUGCCAUACAGGGCACCAGCUGAAUCAGCUCACCGCCAAGUUGUCCUCGAGUGAGAGCACACAGCAGCAGUUGAGCUUCAUGAGCAGACAGUUGUUGCUGUUGGGGGAAGCCCAUAAACUGUGUGUGCAAGAGCUUCAACAAGCAGGCCCAGACCUCAGCAAGGAGGUGCAAAUGGUGCAGGUGUCCUUGACGAAGGAGGUGGAGCGGCUGAAGCAGAAUCUGCUGCUGCAGGGUCAGAAGCUGGACGCUGCACAGCAUAGAGUGGCUGAGCUGGAGACGCAACUGUCCAAGAAAGAGCACCUCAUCGCAGAGCAGAAGAAGUUCCUAGAAGAUGUCAAGGGACAGGCUAAGGAGGAGUUAAAGGCUUCUGAAAGUAGGUACCAAGCGCAGAGGCGUGUGACUCAGGCCCUGCAGAUGGAGCUGUUGCAGCUCUACAGCAGGCUGGAGAUGGAGGCUCCUGCUGCCAGUGCUGUAGCUUCGUCAGCCGGGGAUGCAACAGAGCGCUGCUGUUCCACACAUACCAGUGUGGCGGCGUCAGAUGGACCAAUGAAAACAGCCUCUAAAGAAUGUGGCAAGUCAUCACCACACAGGAACGGCUUCUCAUCAGGUCAAGCCAAAGCCGGUGCUCCCGAACCCAAGUCUAAACCCUUAAACGGCAACCGAGCCACGCCUCCACCUAUGCUGGUGGAACCGCCUCCUGCUUGCCCUGCGGUGCCCACCUCCACCCCCUCCCUCACCGUCGGCUCCUACCCGAGUGCCAAGAGCUUCCUGGGCAUGCGGGCACGGGAACUCUUCCGCAACAAGAGCGAGAGUCAGUGUGAUGAAGAUUACACUCCCCGCCCACAGCUCACCGGCCUAUCACAAGGCCUGAAGACUGAUCUCUGUGUGGAGCCUUCAGUAAAGACUGCAGUAAAGACAGGUCCCACCUCCUCCACACAUGGCCACGCCUCCGGCAUGGCUGCUAAAGAGCCCGACGUCUUACAGAGAGCACCAAAACGGGAAGCGGGAUGGCCGAGACCACCACAGCUACAUAUCAUGGACUAUAAUGAAACUCAUCAGGAGCACAGCUAGAGAGAGAAAAGCAGGUCGCUAGUAGAUGAAGGAAGCUGCAAGCUGACAUCAGAUUACGCAGGACUCUUUUGAUUUCAGUGUUCAUCCCGUUUCUUCAAGCGGACAACAGGAUUUGGAACUUUCAGCUCGUCUUUCUCGUCUCCAAACCGGAUCGGGGCCCAAACUCAAGUGUCUUCCUGUGUAGAGAUAAAACCUGUCUUUAUUUUCUCCCUCGUUACAUUACCUUCCAUCAAAUCAGCAGUAUCAUCAGCGAGUGCCAGUCGUUAGUGCGGUGUGGAGUGGAGUGAUAUCGGGGUUGUGAGUGCCUCCACGGUGGGACGGUGUGAUAAGAGAACGAUUUGUCUUCUUGUGUCAAGGAGGAGCAACAGAGUGUUCUUGACCCCUUAUAGAACUUCCCCUGAAACCAGCUGAAUUUUUUUUUUUUUAAAACAUGCUGAAAUCAUGCAUGUGUUAAAGAAGGACAGAACUACAAAGUUGUUUUUUUUUUUUUUUUAUAUUACUAGAGUUUUAAAAUUAUUUAUUGUUUUUCUUUUUUCCUCCAUGACGUCCCACCUUUUGCAGAUUGUCCUUGCUAAUCGAGAAGUAUUAACAUCCAUGAAAAGCAAGAAACAAAGCCCAGAAAUGCCAGUUCAGUCAAGACCCUCUCUCUCUCUCUCUCUCUCUAACAUUUUAAAUCCAUUUUCAAGUUGAAUCUCAAAUCGUUUUCUUUUCCACUGUGUUUGCUCACUACACUACGCAGGGUGUAACACAUGCACUCCAUGCACAAAAGGAAGCUAUUUGAGAUUCUGCCCUGAAACCGAGAUUAAAGUUUUGGCACCCUUGGCUUUGUUUGGGUCGUCUGCUGCUGCCAUUAUGACAAACUUUGGCUGUAUCUUAUGCUCAGUUUUGAGGGAGACAAUUGACCGUGCACCACAUUUCACUUACAAAACAAGAUGCCAGAAAAUGAAUUUUAAUGAAUAUUUUAUUAAACGGUACCCGUCACCAAUCAUCCGGACCUGCGGAACGCCAAACUCCUCAUACUCUCACGGUUAAUCUUACAUGAACUAAAUCCAACACGUAUUCAGUAGAUAAAUGCUAGGUUGGGAUUUGGUCCUGAGCCAAGCUGUUCCGGUCGUCUUGUGGAAAAUCGUUAAUAUUAACCAACCAUGAAGGCCUUUACACAGAACUUAGCAUUUCAUCUCUUAUUUUUUGCAACUAAAAUAUUGAACUUGAUCAGUAUGGGUGUACUAACACUUCAGUAGCAUACUUUACUCUUCAGUUACGCCUCGUAUUUUGUUACAGUUCACAUUUAAAAUGCUGGUGCCAAAAAUAUCAGCUCAUUUAAUGCAUGAUGCACAAAAUAUUACAUUAUUAAGUGCCAGUAAAACUAUUAGUGCCAUAAAAACUUUUUUUUUUUUUUUUUUUUAAUUUUAAAAACCAGGCUUGUUUUUUGAAUGUCGGCAAAAAUCUGAAGAAAAGAAAACCAUUUUGAACAUCCGGUGGAUGAAAUAAUACAAAUAUAUCGUGAUAUUCCAUAAAGCGGAAUGUAAUUUAUCCCAAGAUUAAGUUCAUGCAUCUAUCCAAUCUAAUAAGAAAUCAUUCUCUUUAGAUUUCGAAUCAGUUUUACAGCCAAAGCCAAAUCGACGCUCGGAGUAAUUCGAGUUUUGUCCCUUUUCAGACAUUUCCUGUAGUUUUGCCACGUAUUACUCCAUGCUGGUAUUUUAGUGCACUAGAAAGGUUUUACAUUUGCUUUAAAUUUUUUUCGUCUUUAUUACAUAUCACAUUCAGAAUUUUUAACCAAGACGGCUUCAAUUAAAAAACACGUGCCAAGUAAUGAAUGGUGAUAAAUAAUGCCUAUAACACAACAUCCCUUAAUGUUGUUAUUCCUUUUAUACCCCAUUUGCCAGCUGUUACAGUUUUUAUUCAUUAAUGAACAACAUAUCGCUAUUUUAGUUAAUAGUUUUAUGUUGGGGAACGUCCACAGAACAAGAUAGUUCCUGUUCUUAUUUGCGGUACAGCAUCUGUAAAGUCCUUCCCUCAUCAGUGUCUCGUUAUAUUUCUCCUGAAGUCGAUCAGAUAACACGUGCAGCACACCAGAUCCUCUGUCCUGAAGACUUUCCUGUGACAGGAAACUUAGAAAUGGUUACUGUUGCUGAUACUCCUUUCAUCUUCUUAUUUCCAUUGUUAGUAUUCUCAUGCUUGUUUUUUUUUCUUCUUUAAAAAUCAUUCUUUUACACAGUUCUGUGUGGAUUUUUUUUUUAUUAUUAUUUUAUUUUUUUAUUAUUAUUUUAUUUUUUUAUUAAUUGUUUUUUUCCCUUGCUUCUUUCUUUCUUUCUUUCUUCUCAUGUUUUUUUCCCAUUAUUCCAUUCUUUUUCAUGAUUUCUUGCUUUUUUUUUUUUAUUUCGUGUUGCUUAUUUUCCUCUCUCGUUUCUUUUCGUUUCUUUUCUUUUUCUUUAAAAAUCAGUUUCUUUUAGCUUUUUUUCCUUUUUGGUUUUUCUCUAUUAUUCCAUUUUUUAGUCUCAUUUUUCAUCCUUGGUUUCUUGUCAAUAAUGCUUUCUUCCUUCCUUCCUUCCUUCCUUC